CGGUUCCUCUCUGUAGCGUCAGUCGGGGCGUGUCACGGACUCCUGCCAGCUGAGUUCAAGAGUUAAGAGCAACUCAAAUAUCCUGCUACCGACUCUACGAAGUGUGGUUGUCUUACGUUGACCGAAGAUGUUUUUUGCCAAGAAAUUUAUGAGUGGCCUCAUUGAUGUUGUCAGCAACAUCGACCCAGCCCAGUUCGUGCCUUCUGACCCUCCUCCCCCCCGCAGACCAGUCCAAUAUGCAGAGCAUAAUGAGAGCAAUGAAGAGAAACAGUUCCGCAGAGUCUUCCAGCAACUUGCUGGAGAUGAUAUGGAAGUGAGCCCAUCUGAGCUGAUGAACAUCCUAAACAGAAUCGUUACAAAGCAUCAGGACCUGAAGACAGAGGGUUUCAGCAUUGAGUCUUGUAGGAGCAUGGUGGCAGUCAUGGAUGAGGACAGCACUGGGAAACUGGGCUUUCAUGAAUUCAAACACCUCUGGGACAAUAUAAAGAAAUGGCAGGGAGUGUACAAAACCUACGACUCGGACAGUUCCGGUUUCAUUAGUGCAGAUGAGUUGCCCAACGCUUUCAGAGCUGCCGGCUUCCCCCUCAACGACCAGCUGUUCAGCAUGAUAAUUCGCAGAUACAGCGAUGACAAUGGGAACCUUGAUUUUGACAACUACAUUGGCUGCCUUGUGAGGCUGGACGCCAUGUGCCGUGCCUUCAAAACCCUGGAUAGGGAUAACAAUGGGACCAUCAAAGUCAACGUUCAGGAGUGGCUUCAGUUGACCAUGUACUCUUGAGUCCAGACGAUGUCUCUCCUGCUUGUUAUAUGAAACCACUUUUUGUUUGUCCACGCAGUGCAAAAAAUAUAUUCUCAGCCGUCUCUACGACUUCCUGUUAUCCAGGAGUAUCCCUUGUGUGCGCAGGUUUCUUUUGUAUGUUAAUGCAAGUGUUGUGGGAUUGUUUACUGUUCCAUUAUACUUGCGAGACAGAAUGUAUACUGUAUUAAGCUAACCCAGAAAAGCAGAAACCUGCACUCACAAUGGUACCCCAUAGCUGAGGAUCAACUCAUGAUUUAGGUGCAUAAAGAUGCUAGUAUGUUGAAUUGGUAUCAUUUGGUCCGUCUGUUUGGCAUAUACCUUUUGAUAUUCCUCAUGCCUGAGGGCAGGCAGGCCAACAUGAAGAAGUUUUACACAGUGACUUUCGUGAAAAACCUAAUGUGAAAUCAGGAAGCUUGCGUUCAAAUGUGGCUACGGCUGGUUUCACAAAUACUGUAUGUUAGAGGGAUCUGUGGAGAUAGGCCGAUAUUACUUUUGCUCUGAGACUGUUUAAAUGGUAAAAUGGUGAUGCUGGACAAAAAGAUGUCACACCUGACAACUCUGUCACUUGCUAGCAAAAUCAGGAAAGCCUACCUCACUUGUCACUGCAAAAAAAAGGCACACAAAUUCUGUUGGAGUGAACAGAGGUUAACAGUGUGAAGCUUUCUCUCUGCUGUUAUUUUUGUUAUACCUUUAGCGUUCAUAUUGGUGGAGUUGUGUAACCAGAGUGCAAAGAUUCUUAGAUAAACUCCACCCAACUUUAACCUGAGCAGGACUUACCAGCUUCCCCACUAACUGAAAACACCUGUGAGGAUGUGCAGGGCCUUUGAGAGAGUGUUAAUGUACCCAUAUGGCAAACAGCAAAUCUGUCCUAAAGGCUCAGCACACAGCAUAUUUUCAGGUAUUAUGACUGAGUACACUUCUGAUUAGGGUGAAGUUGGGUGGAGCUAUUCUGUGAAUGACUUACGAAAUCCCAUAAAGUCAUAACAAUCAUGACUAGGGUGUUGUCCCAGCCGAAGGGGGAAAACAACACUAACAGUAGUGUUGUCCACACCUACAGUAUGCAGCCCAGAGAAGAGGCCUAAUUUGGGUAAAUAUAAACAGGUAUGGGUGGAACAUGUCUUUGCAGAGACUUUCAGAAAGACUUAAACAGACAGACAGCUUUGUAAAGUUCUAGGUGUAACUUCACUAUUUCUUAGACCGCAGUCGUAUUCAAUAUCCUUGUGAAACCAACCCCAAGCCGGUAGGCUAAUAUUUUUCCAUUUAAUGUUCAAUGCUGGUAAUGCAACUUGGCUAUAUAAAUCUCCCAUGUUUCAGCUCACUAAUCCCUUUACUUAUCACAGUGUACUUAUUCAAAAUGCCUGCACCAGAUAAUGCCCGCACAAUGUGUAAAUUGAUAAUAUAUGACGUGUGUAUGCCACUUAUGCAUGCAGCCAAUAGUAAAGAUGCCAUUAAUAAGUGUUUUUAAGCAUGUAGUUAUAGCCACAGUCAUUUACGUGUUACUGAAAAUGCUUGGUUGAUAAAUAUCUGUGCCAUAUUUGGAAUAAAAAGGGUAUGUUCAAAUC